UUUAAAUAUCACAUCGCAACAGCAUAUUAAGAACAUGGCGGUGCAGGUUGUUUAUAGGAGGAUCUCCCUUCACAAAGCCGCAGAAGAAAACGAUAUAGUCUAUCUCGAGAAUGCUUUGCUGGAUGGAAACUUUGACUCUGAAGUAAAUCUCAAGGAUAAGAAUGGGAAUACUGUGUUACAUUGUCUUCUGAAUUCUAAUACAUUCACAGACUUGGAGGAAGUAAAACGAGGAAUUCAGAUCCUUAUUAACGGCGGGGCAGACAUCAACCUACAAAACAACAAUGGUGAAACUCCUCUUCAUUCGGUGAUUAACAACUACUUAGAAUCUAUUCCUGAGAUUAUUAGAUACCUACUAACUCAUGGAAAGGAUUACCAAAUGACUACACAGGACAAUGAUGGGUACUCGCUGUUUCAUAUGUUUAUGUCAGAUUUCAGUGAUCAUGUCAAAGAAAAGGAGAAUUACCGGGAAAUACUGAGAGAGAAAGAGAACUUCAUUCAGAGUUUACUUCGCGGGGAAAUAUUGAGUUUCAACGCCCCUGCAUUGUUAAAUCAAAAAGAAAACAAUGACUACUCAGCAUUCUAUACGUAUAUCGGAAACUCGUCCUGCUCUGCUGAUACAGUCCAACUAAUGGUUGACUGUGGUAGCGAUGUAAACACUUCGUCCAAAAUAGGAACAACGCCCCUCAUGGAGACGAUAUUAAGGAGACGUUCCGAAAUCGCUGAGAUUCUAUUAAAGGCAGGGGCGAACCCGAAUCAAACAGACAUAUUUGGCCAAACCUGUAUUUUUCGAGUCUUCACAAACAGUUGUUUUGAAUUGCUGAAACAGUAUGGCGCGAAUUUCUGCAUAAAAGACAAAUUUGGAAGAAGUCCAAUCACAAACAUCGCCCUGUAUACCCCUGAAGAUCUUCCCUCGUCAAGCAUUGUCAUCUCUCAGAAUUUUUCCGAGCAUUUACCGGUUUUUGAGAAUUUUCUCGCUGCUGGAGUAGACUGCAGCUCUGUAGACGUACAUGGUUCUUCUGUACUUCACUAUGCCGCGUGGUACGGGGAAAUAGCAAUGAUCAGAGCACUCAUUCAACAUGGGGCAAAUCUGGAUGCCCAAGAUAACAAUGGUUUUACACCACUAGAUCUAGCAUUGCAUGUGGGUAACGAUCAUAUAUACGGUCUCCUUGGUAAACCAGAUUCAGAGAUCAGUGAACCUGGUUAUGAAACAAAGUACUGCAGACUUUUCAUAAAUCAAGAAGAGACAGAAAAUAUGAAAUUCGUCUUGAAAGACACUGUAGGGAUAAAUGAUGAUCCAGCUAUUCUUUUGACGUCGCUAAUCAGUUCUUCAAGGCUUGGGAUGACGUCACUGAGACCCGAAACGAGGCAGAUCACGUCUGAAGUCACAACUCUAAUGCAAAAGAUAGCGACAGUUGUUGGCAGGAUCAAUCCACUUUUCUCUUGUACAGUUUACCCAACCGGAAGCUCGGCCGAAGGCACAAAAAUUGGCGAUCCCGCCGAAUUUGAUUUCGUAUUUUGCUUGGAUAACUUUUCAAAGCUUUGCAUACCAUGCCAGGAUGACGAAAUUUUAAAUAGUGGAUUCGUUCGUUUAGAGGCAAUCUCCAAUUCCUGUGAAGACUUGCAAAAGUUACAAACAUUUCUUGAUGGAACAAUUCUCUCAGCACAUCUAAUUCGAGGUGCUUUUCAGGACCUUAUUACCGCAGCUCUAAACGAACCUGAGGUGUGGACGUUUAAACAUUUGUAUUUUGACGGUCUUCUCGGGUACCCAACCGACAAACCGAUUUUAAAGCUUGAACUUCACUGGUUUGGUAGCAUCAUGAAGCAUAUGAUUGUGGGUGUGGAUAUUGUUCCCGGUGUAUUGAUGCCAGACUGGAGACCAAAGGAGUCCAUUACAGAUAUACCCAUAUGUCCUGAUGGUGAACAGUUUCUUUUGAUUUUUCACUCACCAGAAUGCAGUCAAUGGAAAGACAAAGACAACGAGCAUUUGGUGAGGAUAUCAAGUUCCUUGAUGGAGAAACAGUACCUGAGAAGUCUUCCGCAGAUAUGUAUUGAGAGCUACGCGGCAGCAAAAAUUUUAAAGAGCAUUAACUUCUCCCCUAAAGUGCAGUUUAAUGAAGAUAACUUUGAAAAGUUUGAAUCUCCAGAGUUUAGAAUUUUAGACGAGUCAAUGCUACAGAAAUCAGAUGAAAGACAAGUUAAAAGGAGUAUUAAGACCCAUACAAAUGAAGAAGUCGGAACUGUCACGGAGAAGGACUCUGAUAAAUGUUUAAUGUCUAUUGUACAAAGCAACGUGUCUGAAAAACAAUCUGGGGACUUAAAAACAAACGAACAGCAAAGGGAGCACAACGGUGUUUCGCCAUGGAUUAUGGAAAUUGACGGCAGUUACAAUGUUCGUAAGUUAUUCACCCCAAAGGACCAAUCCAUAAAGAAGAAGAAAAUAUACUUUGAUGCACAAAUGGGAAUGAACUGUAAAACUUCAGUUUAUGAAAGUGAAAAACACAAACUGAUCUAUUUUAAACCUUAUGAGAUUGAGCCUAAUUCCGCUGAAAUGGACGAGACUAAUGAAUCAGAAAAGAAAGAUAUUUAUGAAGAGACAGAAACUCUAGAUGACGAAACAAACUUGGCAUGUAGUGAAGAAAACAGUCUAUCAGAAGGAGAGGAUGGUUUAUCUACUGAUGAUAAUGAAGAUAAUGAGAGAGAUUUCGUAAGGGUUGAUGAAGAUAACGAGAAAGUUUGUUCAAUUGAUAACGAUGAAGAGGACGAUUGUUCGAUUGAAGAGGAAAUGGAUGAGAAAGAUUGUUCAGUUGAUAACGAUGAAGAGGACGAUUGUUCGAUUGAAGAGGAAAUGGACGAGAAAGAUUGUUCGAUUGAAAACGAUAAAGAUGAUGAAGAAGGCGGUGAGGAAAAAGAUUAUGAAGAAGACGAUGACGAAGAAAGAGAAGAAGAUGAUAUUGAAUGGGAGGGUGGUGAUGUCGUAUCUGCCUCAGACGAGAUUUCAAGUUAUAUGUUAAAAACCUGUUUAUUUUAUGUUUUACGAGAAGACAAAUCGAAUACAUUUACUUUGCUAGAAUUGACUAUUAAGAUAUAUGAAAAGCUACAGGCGUUCGCCAAGGAAUAUCGUUUACCUUAUUAUUUCCUUCCCUACAUGGACGUAUUUACAUUUGUAAAUUCUCACAUAAGGGUAAUCCCAGACAAUGAGCUAGAAGUGGCAAGAAAACAAAGUUGUGAGAGAAUUCGUGUAUUAUGUAAUGUAAUUUUAGGAAUAUUAAAACAAAAGAAAACGUGAUUCUAAAACUAGAAUAGAUUUAACAGAGUAAAUAUACUGGUAUUACAAAUACAUCUGUAAUAUGAGUGUUCUUGAUGCGGACAAUAUCAAGUUACUUAAAACUCGUGUUUUGUAAAGUGUUUGUUUUUCAUUAUAGCUGUCAACUAUGUAACUGGAAUAAAUAAGGUAAUAGAUGUGUUGAAGAAAAACGACCCAUCGAUCUGUCUAUUUUUAUUACUGAAUAAUGUCACUGUAUAAAGCAAUAUAGUAAUCUGUUUGAUGAUACCUAUAUAUACUACGAUUUUUCAUAGGGUUUAUGUGAGCUGAUACAUUGAAGCUUGGCCACUUUUUUUCUUUUUCUUGCUUUUUUUUGGUUGCUUGUCAAAAUUUCUGAUGAAUCUAGCCCCCCCCCCCCCCCCACUUUCAAUUUGUUUCCGACGCCACUGACCUUCAUUUCCCGGAAGACCAUAAACUGAGUACUAAAAAUUUCAAAUUAAUAUAGCAUUUAAAAUUAUUAAAAACUUUAAUGAAAUUUUAGCAAUUGGUGGGUUUGUAAGCCUUUGAAAUAUCAGACCAAAUGGUAGAGUGGCCAUUUCAUUAGAUUUCAUUUCUUUCUUUUCAUUUCAUUCUUUAUUUCUUUAAGCUUUGCAGCUCAUCAGAUUUUACAAAUUAAACAUAUUAAAGUACAGAAGUUGGUAUUUUACAGGAGAUCCUAUUACAUUGUACAUA